AUGAACGAUUCAGAUUCGUCACAAUUACAAUUAUCGGAGGAAGAAACUGAUGUGAACAUAAAAAAACGUCGGUUAAGUGAAGUUUCACAUGAAUUAGAAACAGUAAAUGAACAAAGUCAGGAAGAUAACAAUUCAAUUGAAAAUCAUUUACUAAUGUUUUUACGAGCUUCUGGAGAUGGAAAAGUGAUUCUUUCUCAGUUCGCUGUACACAAAUGUUUAAAUAGACAAACUCGUAGUCUCUUGACGAGAUUGAUAAUUAAACAGUUGAAAGAUGAUGCACUGAAACAUGUUCCAUUAGGAAUCCAACUGGAAAAGUUUCACAUUUCAUCUAAAACUUUUACUUCUUUGGCCAACGCGAUUGCGAAAAUAUUUCCAGGAGAAGAGGCCAGUAUUUACUAUUCUCCGUACAAGUGCGAAAAUGGGAAGAAAAUUGCCGUCUCAGGAAGUCUUUGGUCAAAUUACUCUUAUACAAAAGAUUGCAUGAGAAAAAACAAUCUUCUGUCACCUCCAGUCAUUUCUAAACAAUCUGAAGUUGAAUUAUCGCAAAUUAUAAAUUCAUCUUUUAAUGGUAAGUCAGAUAGUUUUUAG